AUGACAACUCACAAUCCAGUGUCGGCUCUCCCUCUACCAAGCUACUUUAGCCACCUCGCAAAAAGCUACAGUCACAGCACCGCCAAUACCACACUAGACGUGUUUGCGGACAUCCUGGCAUCUGAAGUACAGACGUCAGAGACCCCCAUCAACGCAAACUCCAUUGUCCAUGAUAAUGCAGCCGGUCCAGGGGUAGCCACGGCAGGUGUUUUGGCCACACUCGGCCCUGACCAAGCGCCGAAGGAGAUUUUGGUUUCCGACAAUAACGAAGACAUGGUCACUGGCGCGCGGGACUCAUUUGACUCGCCUUCCGUCACCUGCAAAAUUCUCGAUGCGCAUGACCUGUCAAGUCUGUCGGAUAACUACUUCACGCAUUCCAUCACCAACUUCAGCAUCUUCACGUUCAAAAAUGCCGAGGGUGCCAUGGCCGAAGUCCACCGUACCCUGAAGCCAGGUGGUGUGGCGAUCGUCUCAUCAUGGGAGCGUUUUGCUGUGUUGCCGCUGGUCCAUGAAGUGCAGACAGCGUUACGGCCUGACUUGCCGCUCAUGCCAGUCCCAGGGCCGCGAUUCUUCAACGAUGGCGAGUUGGAGAAGGUUCUAGCGACAGCGGGAUUUAACAACAUAAAGUCUCUCAAGAGGGACAUCAUCGUGUCGGAUGAGGACGCAGUCAAUGGGCUUAGGGAGUUUAUGAGCGGCGGUUUCAUGCAGAGAGCUAGGGAGAACUAUACUGCUGACGAUAUUGCAAGGUGGCCGGCUGCAAUGGAUGCUGCGAUCAAGACCGAGAUCGCACGCCACGGGGGCAUUAGCUUUAAAUGCUUUAUUGCUAUUGCGAGGAAGUAG